CAAUUUUCUUUUUGUCAUUGCAGACGUUUGUGUGGUGUACGAGUGAAGGUAGAGAUGUCAACGGGACGUUCUCGCCGCGACCGCUUCCACUCUCCUCCUCGGCGUGGUGGUGGCGGUGGGAGAAGGUCAAGGUCUCGCUCUCCACGGCGCUUUGGUGGUGGUCGAGGUCGCUCCCGUUCACGCUCCCCAAGGCGUUCACGUUCCCGCUCACCCAGUGACCGUAGCAAUGAAGCAAGGCCUGCCCGACGUGGAUCUCCAAGAUAUGAUGACUACCGUCGCCGAAGUGAGUCGCCAGCUUUCAAGAGACGUACUCGCUCCCGAUCAUAGAGGGGUCAUCCCUUAAACAAAGAAGUUUCAUCAUUACCUGGGACUUAAGUUUGUAAUUGGUUUUGUGAGUUGUGUGCAUCCGAUCUAUGUCUUGAUUGUUUAAUUUUUAACACAAAUUUGAUCAUCAUAAAGGAACUACACUUUCAAUGUCAUAAUAGUGGUUUUAUUUUAUACAUUAUUUUUUUUUUACAUAUUGUAUGUACUGUACAUGUGAAACUGCCUCUUUUUUUCCAUAGGUCACAUGCAGGCCCUAAAUAGUAAUUUAUAUUAAUAAUUAGUUGUUCUUAAAAUUGAAUCUCUAUAAUGCAAAGUUUCAGUUGUGAAAUGUUGUGUUAGUUGAGUAGUAUCAUAAAGUUUCUACAGGCUUGUGUGAAUGUACUGUAUGUGUGUCAGUUGUACCUUUCUCAACAAUCUGUAACAUUUAGUUGAGUGAUUAAUGGUAUAAAUUAAAUAGGAAGGUAAGGGGUAUUUCAAACUAGAGUAAGGAAUUCUCAACAAUAAAGUUUCACAAAUA